GCAAUUCCAUAUUGUAGAUGUACAGUGAAGAUUGAACAGGCUGUCUCAGUAACGUUAGGCCUUGUCGUGAAUGUUAGUGAUUAGUUUUUUCUGAUUGAACAAAGAUCAUGUCAAGUAAGAAAAGUCGAGCUAGAGCUGCAGCUUCUAGUAGCAGUGAGUCUGAUUCAGAGCCUGUUGAUAAAACUCCCCCUCCUAAGAAAGCUAAGGCAGACAAGAAACCAUCUGCUUCUAACCGUGCCACGGCAAGUUCUAAUCAAGAUAAUGAUUCAAACAUGUUUCAGCUUUCCAAAAUGCGUUUUGUUAAUGUGAGAGAAUUUCGUGGGAAGGUAAUGGUUGAUAUUAGAGAGUAUUAUGAAGCAGAUGGUGACAUUAGACCUGGUAAAAAAGGAAUUUCUCUGAAUAUGGAACAGUGGAAUGCUUUGAAACACCGUAUAGAUGAAAUUGAUGAAGCCAUUAAACAGUUUUAGGUAGUAGUAUUGUUGUUUUGAUCAGAGUGAAAAGACUUUCUGUGAAAGAUAUUUUUUUUUGUCCUGUAAUAUCUAAAGAAAAACUUUAAUAAUACAAAAAUAUUACCAAUUUGGGGUCUUGGACACAUUUUAUUCCUGUAGUUAAACCACACAAUAAAUAUCAGGACUUUGA